UGCUAGCAAGAGGCACUUGAACGGAGACUCAAGCAGCCUCUUUUUGCCAGCAUUCGUUUCGUCUGACAGCGGCGGGACGUUACCAGGAUCUAGAAAGAGUCGAGGCAGUCGCACGCCCUUUGAAACUAUGUAGAGAUGGAGUUUAUGAAACUGAUCGGAACUGUUUUGGCAGUUUGUUUCCAUCCCAGCUGCGCGUCAGGCGCUUUCGGUGAUCAGAGGAUAUGCAGGAGAGGGACAGAGAAGCCCUGCUAUAAGAUCACACACUUUCAGGACAGCAGGCUCAGAGCCAGCUUCGAGGCAGCCCGACAGAAGUGCUGGGAGGAGGAUGGAGAGCUGCUCAGCAUCGAGACCGAGAACGAGCAGCGUCUGGUGGAGAGAUUUGUGCAGACGCUCCGGGCCUCCGAUGGAGACUUUUGGAUAGGGCUACGGAGGAGCUCACAGUAUAAUGUUGAUUGUUCUUCACAGUAUUACUGGCUGGAUUAUAGUCAGUCCACAUUUAGAAAUUGGUUAGUGGCAGAGCCCUCGUGUGGCCUUGAUCAGUGUGUGGCAUUAUUUUACCGGCCCUCAUCUUCUGCUGGCCAGAAGGAGCACAGUCUGUUUAAGUGGACUGACUACAAUUGCAAUUCCAAGAACAAUUUCAUCUGCAAGUACUCAGAUGAGAAGCAUCCUGUCCCCACUUCUGGAGGAAAUAUCACUACACACACAGGUAUCAUUGACUUUACUCUGGUGCCAAAGCACCCGCCAAUUACAGUGGACAAUGACAGCAUAAAAACUGAACUCUCAGAGUCUUCAGUUUCUAUUUCAGAAGACAAAAUCAAUAUUUACUACACUCUCUUUGCCAUUCUGCCUUUAAUGCUGCUUCUGAUCUUGGUGGUGUCUGGGGUCUUCUGUUACAAAGUCAUGACAAAGAGGAGAAAAGAGCAGAAUGAAAUCUACGCUGUGCCAGGACAGUGGGUGCGUCCUUUAGCACCAAAGAGCCAAGCUGAUUAUAAACACACAGACAAUUUCAACCAGUGUGGAGCUCAUCUGGAGUACAUGAGCUCUGAGAUUAACAGAACAUUUAGUGUGCCAUCAAGCAGUCAGUUUGAGGAAUACGAAAAUGUCCAGAGCACCACAACGCAGUGUGGUUUUGUCACAAAUGACAUCUAUGAGACUUGCCGGAGCGCAUCGCGUGUUGAGGCCGGAUGGGUAGAGAAUGACAUCUACGGAUAGUUAAACAGUGUACAGUGAAGCCCAUACCUCCCGUUUUACAUGUACAAUAAGAUAUGUGUACAGAUCUGCAAUUUUUUAAUCGGCACAAUAUCCACACUGCCAAUCUUUCUAAAUUUGCCCACUGUCCAUAUGAUACAAUUGUCAUUAUCAGGAGGGUCCUGUAGUACAAACAGUUGCGACAGACUGGGCAGCAGUCGAAAACAAGUGGAAAAGGCAAUAUAAGACAACAUGUUAAAUCAGAAGACCAAAAUUAGUGCUGCAAUAAAUUAAAAAGCAUUUGUGCAAGGAGAAAAAAGAAGAGUUUCAGAAAGUGGCAUCAUUUAAACAAAGUGUUUAAGGAGUACACAGAUGUUUUCAGAGGAAAUGUCCUGCAAACCAUAAAACUCAGUGGUGGUUGAAGUAUAAAACAGCUGCGCUUAAAUAUAUUUUGAAACCUGUGUGGACAUGGCUGUGCGUAAAAGGAUGCUGUAUGUGGAACUGCAUAUUUCACUACAUCAGGUAAAGACAAUAUGUGACAAAAGAAAUUUGUCUGAAUUUAUCACAGUACACUGUACUGUACAGUCCACUGACCCAGCUGGAAAAGAGAAACUGAAGUUGUGAAAUAACAACAAACUACUGAAGACAGCAAAAACAACAGAUGUGUAUGUGAGAAGAACAGAAGACUCCUGAAACUCAAAAAGGACAAAGACAUUUUAUCACUCUUAAAGAGAUAGUUCACUCGAAAAAUUGUAUUUACUUACCCUCAGGGCCAGUGAAGAUGUGGGGGACUUUUUCUUGAGUUGAACAAAAAAUAAGAUUUCUUAUUAGCUGAAUAGCCAUUCCUUGGUGAUUCAUAAAAUGUAAGGCCCAAUCCCAAUUCUGCCCCUUAGGAAGGACUAGAUAGCCCUUGAAACAGAGAUUUUCCAGGGACACAGUCAAAACCAAGUGGUAUAAAAAUUUCCCACAAUACACCAUCUACAAGGUGAUGGCUGCACACGGAAGUCAGGAGAUGCAUAAAUUUGUAUUUUUGUCACAUUUAUGAAUUUUUUUUGUCACGUUUACGGAGCAUAUGUUUUAAUCCAUUCAUAAUGGCAUUCGUGUUUUACCAUCAUGCUUAAAAAAAACGCUAAAAUAAAAGCCGCUAAAUUUCGCUA